AGUAUGGGCAUUUGGGGAGAUAUAGACUUGUAAACGGUCAGGCAGCAGAGUCGUCGUCGGAGAUAUUCAUCCAUGACAACCCCAUAUACCCCAUUUCGAGUGAUCAAUUGCAACAUUGAGAGAAGGCCCUCCCUCUCACGCAAUUUUCAUCACCUCAAUACCUCACUUUCUUCUGCUUUCAAGACAAUCUUGAGAGAAUUGCGACAAGUUCCGAUGCAAAUAGAUGCUUCAGGAACCAUCAAGAAUGCUUCUGUGAAAAUAUUGGACGCCUUUGUUGAUUCGGUGUUUGAGUUUGCUGACCAGCCGUUGCUCCCAUCUCAGGUAACAACCAACUUCCGGCCGAUCCAUUUCAGGCAGCAUUCCCAUGCAUGCACAGACAAGCGCGUACGUAACAGUAACUUUGCUCCUGUGGAUGAGUUGAAAGAAGCCGUUCUGAUAACUGAAAUUGAAGGAAAUAUUCCCGACAAUUUCCAAGAAGGUGUCUACAUCAGAAAUGGACCAAACCCCCUUUUUGGGAGACUUAAAAUUACUAAAUCCAUAUUUGGAAGGUCAAGUCACAUGUGGGUGGAAGGAGAAGGAAUGCUUCAUGCUUUGUAUUUUACCAAAGCAAGCGAUGGAAGCUGGAAUGUUGUAUACAAUAACAGACACGUUGAAACUGAAACAUUCAAGCUAGAAAAGCAAAGAAAUAAACCGUCUUUUCUCCCAGCUGCAGAAGGCGAUUCCCCUGCUGUUUUGUCUGCUUUUCUCCUGAAUUCGUUGAGGUUUGGCAAAGUAAACAAGGAAAUGAGCAACACCAACAUUUUCAAGCAUUCAGGGAAGUUGUACUCAAUUGCAGAAACUGACAUCCCUCAAGAGAUUGACAUUUUUACACUGAAAACUUGCAACAAUUGGGAUGUCAAUGGAUCCUGGAAACGACCUUUUAGCAGCCACCCAAAGAGAGUUCCAGAUACUGGAGAGUUGGUUAUUAUGGGGGUGGAUCCUAUCAAACCUUUUUUUGAAGUGGGAGUGGUUUCUGCGGAUGGGAAGAAAUUGAUUCAUAAAGUGGAUCUCAAACUGAAGAGGUGUACCCUAAGCCAUGAGAUAGGGGUAACUCAGAGGUAUAAUGUGAUCAUGGAUUUUCCACUGAUUAUAGACAUAAAAAGGCUUAUUAGUGGAGGCCCAUUGAUAAAGUACAAUGGGGAAGAAUAUGCAAGGAUUGGGAUUAUGCCUCGAUAUGGUGAUUCGGAUUCAAUCAAGUGGUUUGAGGUGGAACCCAGUUGUUGUUUUCAUAUUUUCAACAGUUUUGAGGAUGAUGGUGAGGUUGUAGUGUGGGGGUGCAGAGCUCUUGAUUCAAUCGUUCCGGGGCCUGAUAUGGGUGUGGAUAAAUUUGAGUGGUUUUCCAGAAGAUUUAGACCUUUAAAUUCAGAUGAAAAAAAUAUGAAUACUUCAACAGAAGAUGGGUUAUUAUUUUCUCGUUGUUACGAGUGGAGAUUAAACAUGCAAACGGGAGAAGUUAGGGAGAGAAAUCUCAUUGGAACCAAAUUCUCUAUGGAUUUUCCUAUCAUCAAUGAACAUUUUACAGGCGUUCAAAACAGAUUUGGGUACACCCAAGUUGUCGAUUCAAUCGCGAGCUCUACCUCCGGCUUGGCUAAAUAUGGAGGUCUAGCCAAAUUAUACUUUGAGGAGGCAGACACAAGAUUCACUUUGAUAAAAAGACAUUGUGAGGAGCCGAUCAAGGUGGAAUAUCAUAUGUUUGAGGCGAACACAUUUUGCACUGGUUCUGCAUUUGUCCCAAAACAUGGAGGCGUUGAAGAAGAUGAUGGCUGGAUAAUCACUUUUGUUCACAAUGAAGAUAGCAACACAUCUCAAGUUUAUGUAAUUGAUACCAAGAAGUUUUCUUGUGAGCCAGUUGCCAAAAUUACAUUACCAUGCAGAGUUCCCUAUGGAUUUCAUGGAGCUUUCAUGCCAAUCUCAUUGCCAACUUAAUCGCAAUAGAUAUGAAUUUAUUGUUUUUUAUUUUGUCCAAGCUGGUUUAAAUUGGGUGUAAUCAUGCAUAUAUGUAGCUAGUAGUUUAUGUGGUCAUUCGAUCAGUGUUGUCUUUAUGUAAACUCGUAAUAAUUGCAUUGGUCUAAUUAGGGCUUACUGUCUAUUAACUACCAUUGCUUUGGGCUUGAGAA